UCGUCUCCCUCUGUGCACUCGGGCGCCAGAGCAGGUGCGCCUGAGCCGAACCAAGCCGAGGUGAGGCAGCGCGAAGAGCUCGGGUGUUUCCGUCACGGCUCGGCAGUGAACCGCUGUGGAUGUGGGAAUGCGGUUGCCGGAGGCAGUGGGCAUUGCUGGACACUCGGCGGAGAUGUACGCACGGGAACAGGAGGUCUCAGCGGCUGUCUGUCGUCCAAGUUAACAGGGCUGUUUUGGGGGAUGUUGGUGGGAGCACCGGACGGUUGGGUGUCGCUCGGAGCAGGGCAGCUGGGUGUGUUUUUUUUUUACCCCAUUGUAGAGGGGAAUUUUCUACCUUGAAGGUGGAGAAGGAGGAGGGGGGACGUAAUGAGAGAGAAGCCAGGAAGGAUUCCCCAGCACCAUGGAGCCACGCAUUGCAGGCAGCUGUGAAAGGUGACAGUGAAACGAAAUGCAAAGCAUCUGACCCUCAACUGUAAACCUUUACCUGGUGCUGCUGCACAAAGGUGCGACAAUACGCAACAGCAUCAAGAUCUACAAAUGUCCCACAAUUGUGGAGUUUGUGAAACCAACAGCAGCAUCAUGUUCUACGGUUCUUCGUCUGGGGCCAGUUUGUCCCUCCCAUCCAAGAGCCGCCUGAAACGCCAGAGCAGGACCUUUACACAGGUCCUGUACCGCACUCUGAGUUACAGAGACCGUGUCCCAGCAGAAACUGGAACAAACACCCGUGGGGAUCGACGCUCGGCGACUGAACCCCCAGAGCGACCGGCAGACGACCCAGCAGAACUCUCCACCCAGAGCUCGGCCCCCGGGGUGCUGAAGAUUUUUGGAGAUGAAAUCUGUGCCGGUGCCAACUACAAGAGCGUCCUGGCUACGCCACGCUCCAGUGCGCAGGAACUGGUCAAAGAGGCGCUCGAGCGUUACUCCCUCAACAAGGAUGCUGCUCACUCUUAUGUCCUGUGUGAUGUGAUCGGACGUUUGGAGGGGGGAGGUGGGAUUGGAGGAGGCGGGUGGCGAACUGAGUGCCUGCGUGCUCUGGGGGACAAUGAAAAGCCGCUUUUGCUCCAAGAACUGUGGAAGCCCCGAGAAGGACACGCUCGCAGAUUUGAGCUGCGCAAGAGAGCAGAGGUGGAGGAACUCAACGCCAAGGAGAAGGAUACCAUCACUGCCGAUAUUAAUGCCCAGGCUCGUAAGCUCCAGAGGAACAGGGCGAAGGGGACGCUGACCCUGCCCCGGUCCAGCAACUCAUCCUUCUGCCGCAGCCUCAGUGAGACCAGCCUCAACCAGCUGGGAGUAGGAGACGAGCCCAAGCGUUAUUACUCCACCCUGCCAGGGCCCUUUAGGGGCCGGGAACGUGAGGCAGCCUCCAGUGGACGUAGGAAAGAAGAGGGGAGUCAGGGGGGAGGAGGGGUGAGGCACUCUCUGUACCAGUCCCCGCACCUCCUGCUGCUUCAGGGAUACAAUCGGCAGGACUGCCUGGUGUAUCUGCUGAACAGAGAGCAGCACACGGUUGGUCAGGAGACUCCAUCAGCUCGCCCCAACAUCUGCCUGUUUUCUCCUGACAUCCUGCCCCUCCACUGCCGCUUACGCCGGGUCCCCGCACCACGUCGCCACGUCAACAACAACAACAAAGGAGAAGAUCUGGCAGAGAGUCAGCGUUUCUGUGUUGCCGUUGAGCCCGUACUCCACGCCACAGUUCUGGUGAACUUCUCCCGCUGCGAGCGCUCCACCACGCUGCGACACGGUGACCUCCUCUCUUUCGGAGCGCAUUACAUCUUCCUGUACAAGGACCCCACGGGUGCUAAGCCUCUGCCGGCUCAGACCUUGGCACGCCUUCGCACCCUGGGGCAGCUUUAUGAUGCAGGGGUGGAGGAGGGAGAGGGCGGGGCUCAGACUUGUAAGAUGUGCGGCUCUGUGCUGAAGGACAGAGCAGCACAGGUGUCGAGCGCUCCAGCAGUUAGACGCAGCUUCAAACCUCACCUGGUGAAACCUCGCAGCGGGGGGACAGCAGUGGGAGGGCCGCUUAAUAUAUCAGGGGGGGAAGGAGGAGGAGGAGGAAGAGGAGGAGGUCAGAAAAGGAGGCUACAGCUGGAGUUUGACCAGGCUCAUGAAGACCAGCUUUUGAACAGGAUCGUGUCCCUCAUAGAACCUGGAGGAGAUGACCAUAAAUUGACGCCGGCCUACUUGCUGUGUCUGUGCAUACAACACUCUGCCUCUACUUUCCCACCUGGGAGCUUCGGAAAACUGCUGCUCAAGAUCGUCCGGCGAAUCCAGACCAUCGCAUGGGAGAAGACAAAGGAGCUGGCUCAGAAGCAAGCUCAGCAUCAGGACCCAGCCUCCCUGUCUCUGCUUAGUAUCUCAGACUUGGUCCCAGACCUGCAGACCAUCUUCUUCUGGAUGUCCAACUCCAUCGAGAUCCUUUAUUUUAUACAGCAAAGAGCACCAGCGUACACACACAGCAUAGAGAUACUGCAAGGGUCAAAGGAGUCGUUGCUAUCGGCGACCAUAUCAGCCAAUGACGAGGCAAUGACUAUCUUGGAGGAAGUGAUCAUGUACACUUUCCAGCAAUGUGUCUACUAUAUCACCAAGGCUCUUUAUGUAGUGUUACCAGGUUUGUUAGACUGUAAUCCAUUCCCAGGCGACAGCUCUGAGCCCUGCUGGAAAGGAGGUGUAGGAUUUCCUGAACCUGUACGCAGGGUCCUGCAGGUGUUUCAGAACGCCCAGGAGCUUUUGCAGGGCUACCAGGUCCACCCGGAGAUUCAGGCUCAGAUGUUUGCUUACCUCUUCUUCUUCUCCAAUGUGUCACUGUUUAACCAGCUAAUGGACAAAGGUCCAUCUCGGGGUUGGUUCCAGCGUUCUAAGGUGUUGCAGAUUCAGGCGUGUUUGCGGAUGGUUAUGGAGUGGGCGAGUAGGUCCGGUCUCGGACAUCUGGCGGACAAAUUCUUCACCAAGCUCAACAGCACUGUGUCUAUACUGGCUACACCCCCACCACAGCUCACACAGUUGAGUUGGCGAGCAUUGUCCAGUGAGCACCCGACCCUGAAACCAGUCCAGCUGCACAGGAUUCUCACCCAGUACCAGCUCACAGUGGAGGUUGGCCCUGUCCCAAUAUGGCAACCAAGCAGUGAGGAUGAGGCAUAUAUAUACAGAACAGUGGACCUCCUGGAGAGUUUUGAGAACCAUCCUCCCAUCGUGCUGCCCAGCGCUGGCUUCAGAGUCGACCUGGACAGCGAGUGUGUAGAAGACAGCAUCUACAGACAGUUGCUCUAUGUCCGCCACUACCUCUGGGGGCUACGCACCAAGACGCAAACACACACCAACACUCCCAGUGUACACACACACUCCAACGGUACCAACACAGCUGACUGGCCGGACAUUCAGAGGGAGUUGUUGCCUCCGGCUCACAGCAGUCCCCGUUCUGGGGGUCCCGGGGACGAGAUGACGGCAGAGACGGGAGAGGAGAGAGGACGGGACAGACCCUCAGGCCAAUCACACACACACAGCCUCAGAAGGAACGGCACCAUCCACCACCCACGAACAGCAAAUCCAGACCCGUCCUGCCUCUUGACCCCUCCCAAUACCCCGCUGUACCCAGAAGGAGGAGGAGGGCCUGGGCAGAUCAUAGGCCCUAACACCCAGACGAACGGCUGCGCCGGCAGAACUGUGGCAGAAUGCAAAAAGACAAAUGGACUAAUCACCAAUGGACUGGAGGGGUGUAUUAGUGGGUGUGAGUUUCCUUUCCCUGUAUCCUCCCCUGGCGCCCCUCCCCUUCCUGAUGACUUGUGUGUGGUGUUUGUAGUGGAACUGGACAAAGGACCCUACGGACUGGGCAUGGGACUCAUAGAUGGCCUGCACACCCCUCUCAACGCUCCAGGCAUUUACAUCCGGACUCUGAUCCCCGACGGGCCGGCCGCCUCUGACGGCAGACUGAGGAUCGGAGACCGUAUCCUGGCUGUGAACGGGACCAGUCUGAUAGGAGCGGACUACCAGAGCGCGGUGGAUCUGAUUCGUCUGGGAGGAGGUCGGCUACGUUUCCUGGUAGCCAAGUCCGACCCAGAGGUCUCAGAGAAGAUCAGUGCCUCAUCCUGUUGACCGUGUCCGAGCGCCGCUGCCCCGCUAAUAAACACACUCUACACGGGGACACGAGAGGGAGGACAGCGCGUGACAACAAGGGAUACAGAUGUGUGCACUGACGAACAGGGUACACACAAACACACACCCCAUGCGUACAUUCGCCGCAUGAAAUAUGAAUGUGAAACCUAGCGUUAGCACAGCACAAAGCCAAGCAAUCAAACUGGAGAUAACGCUCCACGACUCCACUCCACAGCUGCCAGACCCGCUUCCCUAACAGCGACUCCUACCAGGUCUGUGUGACAGACAGAAUCCAUAACCCACUGCGACAUCAAAGGAGUACGCUGGGAGGAAAGUCGCCUAAUUAAUCAGCGCUUGAGGUGGGCGAGGUCUAACCAGCCAGUAUGCAGUCUGAGGGGGUUUUAAAGCACAGUAGAUUGUUGGGUUUUAAUUUCUCAUCAGUCAGCCCUCGGAGCAUGUGUGCACAUUUUGACUUUUUUCCACCCGUAUUUUAGAAUAAUUUGUAUGGGUAAUUCAGACAUUAAGUAGCAUGGUAAAAGAGCUACUCAGCUCUCAGACAAAGUGACUCUGAAACAGUUGGACACAAACUGAAAAUGUAUUUUACAUUUCUAAAAGCAUUUGCAAACAAACAAGUCAACACAGCCUCUCUGAGCCAUGGAUGUUUUACAUAGUGCUUUUAGAGCGGAAUGUUUUAUAAACCUGUUUGUUAGCAACUCCCAAAGCACUAUCAAAAACUAAACAAAUUGUGUAUUAAUGUUGACUUUUGUACUGGAGAGUGUGAGGGGGGGGGGGGAGGCAGAGGAAGCAAGGACGUCAAGACAUACAACCCAGCUCUCCGUUCUCUCAUUUAACCUGAACUUUACCUCCACUGGAGAAAAAAAAAGAAAAAAAAGACGCACUGUCUAAGAUUGACAUGCGCAGGGGUUGUGCAGCUGUUGUUGGGACAUUUUUUAUUAAGUAUCUGAUCAUCAUGCUUCACUUCAGAGCUUCUGAUGUACAACCCAGGUGUGUACAAUCACUUUUGUUGUGAAUAUGUUCUGUAUGUAUCUGGAUUGAGGGUGUAAAUAGUUUUUUUUUGUAAAUAUUUAACACUUGGUCACAUAUUGUUUGGACAUUUAAAAGAGAAACUGCAUUUGGAAGACGUCUCUUUUUUUUUUUUUCUUGAAAUACACUGUAUACUGGUCAGUAAACACUAAAAAGCUAUACUGAUGGAAAAAAAGAAAGCAUUUUCUGGAAUGAAAUGCAAGAAAAUAUUUAUUAGUUGUGUAGUUUUAAGUUAUCAUUUUAUUUAAAAACCCCAUUUUACCUUUCUCACAGCGGGUCAUUAGGUCCAGCUGGAACAUUGUCUCAACAGGUCACCUUUGAAGAAGUUCUCAAUGAAUAUCCCAGGUCACUGCUUAGUCAGUUCUACAUUCGUCCCUCUCUCCUGACCUCAGCCCCUCUGGGACGCCCCAGACAAGUGGUUCUCAAAGGACCACCUUGAGGACAGGCCAAAUUUUUACAUCUUUCUACAUUUAUUGUGCAUUUUUAAUAUCAUUUACCACGUUAAAGCUAGGGUAGGCAAUUUAUUUUAGAAACAUUUUUGUUGUUAUUUGUUGAAAUUCUCUUUACAUUCCAACAGCAAUCAAUAAAUCAAAUGCUGACCAAAAAGAAAAAACUCUGGUAUCUGCGGCCUCACAGGCCCGUAAAAACCCCGUCCAAUCAUUUCAUUCGGCUCACAUGAAAUGAUCAGAUGGCCUACUUGCCUACCUAUCUACCUACCUGCAUGCAUAUGUGCACUCUCCCUCACUGUCCACCUCCUAAACCUCCUCUGUCACCAGACCCACAGCUCUGAACCAAGUCCCAGAGCGACGAGCAGCACCAGGGUGUAGAAACGGGUCAGUAUCUGACCUGAAGCCGCAGUGAAGCAUAAAAAUCUAUCACUGCUUUUCACUUCUGAGAGCCGAGUUCACCUCCAUUGAAAGUCUCUCUCUCUCCGGCGUUGUUGAUAAGAUUAUAGGAGGUUCCGAUACGUUAGUUUUAUUCUGCUUUGCGUUGAUAUUUCUGUCUUUCUCUUCCUCUCCUUCUGCAAUUUUUGCAGUCCCGUCACUUCCUAUCUGUCGGUAUCCCGCUAGUCGCCUGGCCUCCAAACUGUGAGUGAGUGCAGUAUUAAUCGCUGUUGCGUUGCGCGCGCGUAUGAAAAACGUGCAUAUGCCCGUGCUCGUCUGGUGGGAGGGGCUUAGGACAGAGAGGGGUCUUUCCCAGAAAACUGCCUACCCCAGCUUUAAAUUGAUGUGACAUUUACAUUACUUAUGUUUUACAUAUUUAGGUUUUCAAAUAUAUUAAAACAGAGGAAGUAAAAAAAAAAAAUUAAUUUCACUGUAUUAAAAAUGUGUAAUAUGCAGUAACACCUCAGUUAAUGACAAUGCAGUUGCUGGUCGUCAUAGUAACGCAACACACCUUGUGGCUCACAAGUUUUUUCAGGUGUUCAGCAGAAAGGAGCGGAUCCGUGACUGAAAAUGUUUUUAUGAAGCGCCGUGGUGUCAAAGUUUGGGAGCCACUGCGACUUUAAUGCCACGUUCACGUCACGUUGGGACGGACGGUAGCGAUGGGAAAGAUUCCUGUGUUCACAUCAUCAAGAAGGUUGUAUAAUUAUAGAGUUGUUCAUGUGAAGAUUAAAAUACUGUGCAUUGACAAUAUAACACCAUAUUGAUUAAAUGUGGGUUUUAAUACAUUGAACAACAAUCUUUGGCUGAUAUGAGGUGUCCACAGUUGUUUGGCUUUCAGGCACUUCCACAUUAUUUAGUGCCAUGUGAGAUCUAAUCAGAGUUUCCCAGUCAUAACUAGAACUUGGAUGCUCGUAAUUACGGUACACAGCGUAAACCCUCCUGUAGGAAGGCUUUUUAGGACGUUUUUAAUCCUGACUAGAAGUGCCACUAAUUUUUAUUUUCAUUAAUGAUUCAUUUGUUAAAUAUUCUUCCACUUAAUUAUUUGCUUAGAGUGUCAAAUGUCAGAAAACAGAACAUUUCCCAGGGCUUGUUUUGUUUAACCAAGAGACCAAAACCCAAAGAGAUUCAAUGUACAAAUGGUAUAAACAAAGAGAAAAGUGGGAAAAUCUUCACAUUUGGGAAAGCGGAACCAGCGAAAAUGCAUACUUGACUAAUUGAUUAAUGGUUUGUAAUCUUUUCAGCACUAAUGUUGACACUUGUUUCUGUUGUUUAUUGUUGCACUGUUUUGUUUGUUCUUAUUCUUAUUCAAACACUGGUCAAAAUUUCAGUCUGAGCACUGUUUCUUCUUUUCCAUCAGUUUUGUUUUACUCUCAACUUUUGAUUCUGUUCAUCACUUUGCAGUAAAAAAAAAAAAAAAAAAAUCUGUUUGUAUGAAAUCGAUGCUAUUUCUCUCAUGCAUGUCAUUGUCAUUAUUUAUACUGUUAAGGACGAUGGUACUUAAGAAUAAAGAUUGUUGGAUAAUUGCA